UUCAACAAAAUGGCGGCAAUUAGAAACAUGACAGAAAGAAGGAAGCGAUGGAACUUGUAUGCAUGUGCUUGUAUGGUGAUCACAGUGGCCGCUGCUGUUAUUUAUUGUCUAACAAGGACAGUUACUGCCUGGGAAAGAAGCAGUUCUAGUCAAGAACAGCAUGCAACAACCUUUCUAUCUGAAGUCGCAAACAAGUUUGGUUGGUUAUUCUCCAGACAAAAUGAGCAAGCUCCGAAUUCAAAGUCAUUUUCCAGUCACCUGCUACAAGUGAUAAAGGAGGAUAUACAUGUGGCCUAUAUAUUCCUCGUUACAUGUGUGUGCCCUCUCGUUCCAAGGGAGACAACUUCAAGAGUGGCUGGCAUAAUCUUGCUUGGUUUCAUACUGUUCACCUGUGUUAUGUCUAGGAAACUGUCAAAUAGAAACCAUCAAACAACAGUCGAUACUAGAACUCAAAGUCAGGCCAUAAUACAGAGGAAAAGCACAAUGAGUGCACAUCAACAGACAUCCGAGUCGGAUCAUCAAAGAUCUGGGAUAUAUGGAUGGAUUGGUAACCUGACAGGCAGAAAAAUAUUUUGGAUUUUGGUGACAUUUGCUUUCCUGGGGAGUCUGCCUUGGGAGUUUGUUCGUUUGUACCAGAUAGAAGUGGCCAAGAAAAUGGCAAAUCUACAAGUUGGUGUUCCGGAUGAGUGUACACCGAGCCAGAUAUCACUACUACAGACUUUUCGUAACUGGCUGUUUAGCAUUUUGUCAUGGCAACCCAACCCUUGUGAGAAAUACUACAAGAUGCUGAUGGUGGAUCCUUUAUGGGAGGUGUCUCCAAUCAUGGUGAUUUCCUCCGCCGUAACCCGUUGCAUAAUCUACCCGAUGGAGCUUUUCUUUGAAAGUGUUGGACGGAGUCUCGGACUUUUGUUCAAUGAAAUUCCUCUUCAUUGGCAGCCAUUGAUGUUUGCUGCCAUUGUCAUCCUUCUUAUCAUCAUUAUAAUAGUUCUAGGUGGCUACAGGCUUCAUGUUCCUUUUCUUUUCAAAAUGGAACCAAAGACGCCUGUCAUUGUCAAUAAAAAUGUGGUUGUUUAUAAUCAGUCACCAAAUAAAAACUCGACUGAUACGCCUAAAAUCAAACAAGGGCGAAGAGGUGGAAGGAAUAAGCUUUCUGUGAGAAAUGUUCAGCAACAGGAUGCGACAGACGGUAAAAAAAAUAAACUUAAUGAAAAUGCAGUAAGCAAACGGACAAAUAAAACUAAACAAAAUCUGGCCAAGGGAGAUAACUGACUUUAAACAGCGAUUGGUCAGGAUAUUUUUAUUGAAUUCGUAUACAUACAAUGUAUACUAACUGCCUGUUGUAAUAUUCAUAUUGUUUUUACCUCCUUUAUGUCCCAUCUCAUAUCUGUGAUAACGGUUUUAAUGUCAUUAUUAAUUUUAAUGACACCAUGAAUCCCUCUUGCUCAUAUUUGUUUUCACAUUAAUGUCAUGUUUUAAUCAUAAUGAUUAAAGUCAUAAAAGGAACAAAAAUAUUUUGUUAUUUUUCGAAUAAAACUUAUUUUGUUAACUUCAGUAUAAGAAGACUUACAAGCCAUUUUCCAGGUCCCAAUAUUCUGUAAACCAUACUUCAUUCAAGGCAUUGAACAAUUGGAAUGAUUACAAAAGCUGAAACGGGCAUAAAUAAAGGAAAGGCUUUUAUCAAGAUCCUCUUUGUUCCUGUUAGGAUGACAGUAUUUUGUUAUUAAGAUUUGGUAGUCAGCAUUCUUGGUAAAGAUGACUCCAAUUAAAAACAUAAAAACCAUAACAUAUUCUGUUUGGAUUAAAAAAAAAUGGAUAAAAAAAAAAAUA